AUGGAUGAGGUCGAAACUCGGGAGAAUAAAAUUUUGGAAAAGUCAGCUGGACGAACGAGAGAAUGGCGGUGGUCAUUCCGAAGAUGCCCUCGAGAAAAUAAUGUGGACAGCUGUCUUUUGAGUGACCGUUCUAGUCAUUCUUUUCGGGACCUUAAACGGCUCAAGGGUACACGCAGUCGGCUUUACGCUUUCGUUUUGAGUUGACGGGAAAGGAUUUGUCAUACUUUUUGUUUUUUUAAGGCCAGUAUUUAUGCUUGUAAUAGAUUACUGGACUCUUUAAGAUUGGUAAGUUAAAUUUAAAGGUUGCUAGGGAAAGUGUUUCAAUAUAUACUGUAGCUUUUUGUUAAAUUUAACAAAAAAAAUAUGUAAUAACAUGAGGAGUAUUAAUUCUUGACCCUUGCAAAAGCUGUGUUACAACGCAUUGGUUCUGAUAGUAAAUAAAAGAGUAUUAAAAAUAGCAUGUUUACAUGGAAUAUUACCAUAGGCUGCAGAGGGACGUUCAUACGAAAUUAAUUUGUUUUGUGGUCAUCCGCUUCAUUAAUGUGAUAUUUUAGUGCCAACACGUAUGAUUAUUGUUUUCCUCAUAAGGAACGUCGUGCAAAACAAUCUUCCGGUGGUCAGCCGAGGGGGGAGAGGGCGGGAGUGGUCAGCGGGGCUGUUCUCUUCUUCGAGAACGUGAAACGAACGAGAAUCGCCCUUGAGUCGGGGGGCAUCGCGGCCACAUGGCCACGUACAAAAAACAGAAGGGCGGGCGGAAGCGGCGGCCGGCGAUACGGGGACAGCUGUGUUCGGCGGCCAUUCGGCUGGGGCGGGGGGUUCCGUUUGGAACGCGGGAGCACAGGCCAGAGGGUCGAAACGGCCGAAAGACGGCGGCCAGCCGAGGAUCGGAGCCUGGCUCCGAAUGGACCGCACUGCCACCGUUUCGAGCGACGUUCCACUCCACGGUCGUAUCACACCGAGCAUCUUGUGUCCGGCACGGCCAUCACGUCCAAAGGACAGUCACUGCAGGGGUGGGCGCGGCACUGA